CGUCCGAUGGCUGCGUGCAUGGCUUCCAAGAUGGCCGUCGCCCCUUCUCGGGGCGCGCUUGCCCGCAAGGUCUCCGUCAAGGCCGCGCGUCGCACCGCGAUCCGCGUCCGCGCCUUCGCCCCCGCCUACGACGAGGUCUUCGACGGGAACACCGGGCAGAUGGAGAAGGUGCUCUCGCAGUCCGUCGAGUCCGUCUCCGCGGGCGGCCUGGAGUGGAGCUACCGCGUCGGCGUCCCCGAGGAGGGCACCGAGGCCAAGCCCACCAAGGUGCUCAUGGUCCACGGCGCGGGUCUCAACUCGUUCACCUACAACAAGCUCUCCAGGGAGCUCCAGAAGAUGGGCUACACCACCUUCGCCCCAGACAUGCCCGGGCACGGCGCCACGUCGAAGCCCACCUCCGGUUUCGACUACUCUGCCGCCUCUUACCAAUCCGCGCUCGAGGCGUUCAUGACCGCCGCGGGCAUCGCCGACGUCGAGGACCCGGUGGACAUGGUCGUCUCCGGGUUCAUCACCUCCCAGGCGGCGCUCCUCCUCGCCGCCGCCAACCCAGGGCUCUUCCGCAGGGUCAUCGUGAUGAACACCCCGCUGGGCCCCGGGCACAAGCUCCCCGAUCCCCUCGCGGUUUACACCCGCCCGUUCGGCAUGGGCAAGGGCGCGCAGGCGGACGUUUACAAGCUGGCGUACUUUGGCAACGAGUUCGCCAUCCCCGAGGAGACCAUGGCCAAGUACGAGGCUCCUUACGCGGGCGGCGACGGCGAAGCCGCUCGCGCCGCGCUGGAAGCGACCGUGACCAAGAACGAUCUCAAGGCGCUCACGAGCGCGGUGAGCAAGGCUUGGUCCGUCCGCGGGCUGCCCAAGGUGCGGAUCGUGUGGGGCGUGAACGACAAGUAUCUGGGCGACAAGGACAUGUACAAGUGGGCGGAGGACGUGCGCGCAACCUUCGAUUGCAUCCGCAGCGUGGGGCACAUGCCGCAGGAGGAUUUCCCGCAAGAGGCGGCCAAGUUCGUCGGCGCCUACCUCGAGAGCGAGCUGAAGGUGAGCGCGCUGGGCAGCGUGCGUCUCGGGAAGGUUACCAAGGACGACGAUUACCAGAGGUGAUCGUCGGGAUCUAUCUCAAUUGAAUGCGCAAAAAAGCGAACAGUAGCAUCG